AUGGUUUCAACUAUAGAAAUAGCAGGCUUACAUUUUUGGGAUAGAGAGAAAUUAAACCUGGCUUCGGAGAUUUUCACCGGCCUACAAGAGGAUUCCCCAAGUAUGGCGGAAGAAACAAUUGAAAUGAUUGUGGGUAUGCUCAAAAGAAUAUUCUAUAAUAUAUUGAAACAAUUGGCUGAAACUGAAGAGCGUGUCAGAAACAAGCUUGUCGAGAACAAAGCACGGAUGAAGUAUGGCAGACAACAAUUAGUAUACAGAAAAGAGACAGGCUCCAGUACCGCUUGCCAAUGGCUAGAGGCUCUGAGAAAAGCUUCGAAAUAUUUACUGGAAGCCUUGACAGAAUUACAUCGUCUCGCUGACAACUUCAGUAAGGUCCAACACCUUCUUUCUCCCAAGAUCGAUUUCACACAGAUUGGAUUCGAGUUAGAAAAUUUCAUGGGAUUCGACAUCGAAAAUGUGACAUUUCAAACUGAGAUUGAGAAGAUUAGUUUCAGAGCCCAAGUUAUGAGGUUUAGUCUUAACAUGGCAAAUCAAUACCUCGAUUUUGCUUCUGACCUUGAAUUCGAUAUGGGCCUCCAGGAAUACCGUGGCAACGAAAUGACGAGCUUGGUCUACGCCAGAAACACAUUUGAGAUGCUCGCAACGUCAUCGGAAUUCGAGUGUAAAAAAUCUUAA